GAUCUUGUGGCGCCAUGUUGUUUCAAAGGAUCUUGUUCCCUUGUUUAAUGUUCGGGUUUGUUUGGGCCAAUACUGUGCAUGUGUACGUCAGUCCGGGUGGCUCGGAUUCAAACUCAGGACUUGACGUUAGCCACCCUCUGAAGACUUUGGACAAAGCCAAGUCGAAAAUUGAUGAGUCAGGCAUCCGUGGCAAUACCAUCUAUGUUGAGCUGAUGAAGGGAUACUAUGAUCUGCCGUCCAGUCUCCACUUCACACACAAAUACACAGCACCGGUCACCUUCAGGGCCUACAAUGACCAGGAGGUGCACGUGACGGGCGGGAAGCGGAUUGAAGCGUCUCUGUUCAACAAAGUCACGUAUAACUCUGUUCUUCAGAUGUUGCCGCAGAAUGCCCGAGGCAAGGUUCUGCAGGUCAAGCUCUCAGACGCUGGAAUAUCCGACUAUGGCAAAAUCACCCAAUUUGGUUUCUACAGGACCAAGAUUUCCUGGCUGGAAUUGUUUAUCAACGGGAACCCAACACGUCUGGCUAGAUACCCGAAUGAGGGGUAUAUAGACGUCACCGCGUUCAGCAGCAAGACCGGCACCAUCUUCACACACGGCUCCAGGGAGGACGCACGAUGGAUACACGAGAAAGAACCGUGGGCUCUUGGAUACUGGUACUGGAGCUGGGCUGAUGACGCUGUGAAAAUAUCUAAAAUAGACGCUCAGAAACAUCAGAUCACCCUGGCGAGCCAAACCCGAUAUGGACUGCGAAUUGGCCACUACAAUGAUGCUAAACUUCAAAGUUUCUCCAGCCAAGGCGGCUACUUCCGGGUGUUCAACAUGUUGUCGGAACUAGAUCAGCCGGGAGAAGUCUACCUAGACCGGUCUACGGGUAUUCUGUACGUGUGGCCCAACACCGCCCAUGGCACCCUGUCCGACUCUGAUGUCAUCUACGCCUCCAUGGUCACAGAUUGUGUGAAAACAGAUUUUGAGGUAAACAAUCUCCACUUCGAAGGUUUCUCUUUGGAGGCUUGUCGGCGGUAUGGAUUUGAUCUGAACCAUGGUCACAAUAUUGACUUCAUGAAAAUGGAGAUAAAGAAUACAGGUGGCUAUGGAAUCCAUUGUUCUGGAGACUGUCGGUACGUGACCGUGUCUUCGUGUGAGAUACAUCACACCUGUGGAGGAAUUUCAAUCACAGGUGGUGAUCGAAAGACACUAUCUCCAUCUGGCAAUCUGAUACAGGACAACCAUAUCUGGCAGUAUGCACGUGUCGGGGGCGUCGGCUACAACGCCAUCAGCCCCGGAGGAGUUGGGAUAUCCAUGCGCUACAACCACAUCCACGACGGCCAGUACACGGGAAUCAGAUGGGCGGGCAAUGAUCACGUGAUGGAAUACAACCAUGUACAUCACGUGUGUGUCAACUCCAGUGACUGCGGGGCCAUCCACGCCGGGAGAGACUGGACCAUGCGAGGCAACGUCAUCCGCUACAACCACAUCCACCACAAUCUGAGAUACGUCCCCGGAGCCCAGGUCCGAGGCAUCAUGCUGGACGACGAGUACUCCAGCGUCAACAUAGAACACAACGUCUUCUACGAUAAUGAGGUUCACACCAACAUCGGCGGAGGCCGUGACAACAUCAUCCGCUACAAUGUCUUCUACAACGCCACUGCCGAUUCCAUACAAGUUGACGGCAGGGGACUGCACCAUUCCAACGAAGCUGAACUGAUGCAGCAUCUCAAGGCUGUGCCUUACACCAGCCCCCUGUGGACCAGCAGAUACCCUAAACUGGCGAACAUAACGAACCCUCUUCAACCAGCAGGCAACGACAUAUCAAAUAACAUAUUUUACAACGUACGUGGUGUCCCUAGCAUAUACUACUCUCAGACAGGCAUAGAAAAACCAGAGUACUUCAACGUGAGGAAUAACCACAAGUCUGUUUCACCAACGGACUUCUGGUCUCGUGAUGACGGCGACUUCCGGGUCAGAUGUCAGGCGCAAGAGUGGGCCAAUGCCAUCAAUUUCCCCCAGCCUCCCGAUGUAAACCACGUGGGACCACGCUACCCUACAGGACCCCUGCACAUGCAGCAACCCAGACAGACUCACAAGUCCCCAGCUCCAACCUGCUGCAUGUGCCGGAACCGUCGCCCCAGCAACGAAGACACCACAGACGCCAUACAUCUCAGACGGCUCCGGGCCAAAUACACUCUACCCAAAUAUCCAGAAACAAGCGGCACACAGCGGGACGUGUGGGGGGAGCAGCAUGAGCAGACUGGGGUAAAGGAGGAGAACUGUCUGAAGAGGGCAGCAAAUGAGUGGAGGUACUGUGGCUCACCUGACAAGGAAACUGUGACUGCAGUCUUCGGUCCAACAGGCGCCAUGACAAUUGCUGGAAAACACUGCUACUUCGCCGACUACGGGUGUGUCAAACAUGGCGGCGCCCACCCUGGGAGGCUGGAGGUUGAUGGCUACGGGGAGGCUCACGGAGGACUCACAGACGAGGAGAAGUGUUUGGGCAGAGCUAAUGUCCAGUGGACGUGGUGUGGGGCUGACCCUGCCCACCCCUACACAAGCAUCUAUGGCCCAACAGGUGCUACGAGACAUGUAGGAGGCGGAUGCUGGAUCAAGAUCUCGACCUGUCCUUCAGACAACAAACUGACCGGCUUCUUCUACGACGCAUGGGGAGCCACCAACCUUGACACAGAUCAUGACUCCAGCGAGUGCUUGGCCAGGGCUGACUACUUCUGGCAACAUUGUGGGUCACAUCGAGACCACCCCAUCACAGCCUACUACAAACCCAAGGCAAUCUCUAGGACUUCGCCCUGAGAAAAUGUAUAAUUCGAAAUUGAAGAUAUUUCUGAACAUUUAUUUAUGAUAACCUUGUCAAGAGUUAUCGGCCGUUGUUUGUCGUUGUGUUAAUUAAGUUAAAUUUUUCAGCUCUUAAAAAAACAUGUCGAUACAUCCCUCAAAGAAGAAAAAUCUAUUAACAUAUUGGGAGUGGGAAGACAAUCAGUAUACACUUAACUGAAUAAAACUGAAUAUUUGAGCAA